AUGCUGGAGCCAAAUAUCUCGACCCAAUGUGUAUCUGUGAAUGAACAGCUAUGGGUGUUGCGACGAGAUCCGACCACACAGUUAUGGGUAUGGGGGCUGUUCGCCUUCUUCUACUCUAUGAUCAUCAUCUGCGGAUGUUUGGGUAAUCUCUGUGUCAUAUUGGCCAUUUCCAGAACGAAGUAAGUUUUUUUUAGGAUUUUUAUGUUAUUUUUCAAGUAUUUUAAAAUUUUUUUGAAAUUUUUAAAAUUUCUUCUAAUUUGAAAAAUUUUUCAAAAUUUAAAAAAAAAAUAUUUAACAAUCUUGUUUAAGCUUAAAUCCCACAUUUCUCUCCUUUGCUCUGCCGUCUCUCUUAAUCUCUAUACUAUUUCUCCGCGGAGGUUAAUUAAAAAAUCAUUUCCUCAUUUGCCUGUCUGUAAGCAACUUUUGAUGUAAAUUAUUUAACGAUAAGGUCCUUCGCUUUGAAUUAAGGGCAUGUGGGACGGAAGAGGACGGAAACAAGUACGAACAUGUUAACAUGUUGCUAAUGACAUCAAUCGACCAGAAAUUGGCUGACCAUGGGUUCCGGGUCAAUUAUUUUAGCAAAUUUGGGGUUAGAAGUUAAUUUUUUAAAUAUUUUAACUUGGAAAGUGACGAAUGGAGAUUGAAAACACCAAAAAAUUUGCUUAUUUAAACAUUGUCAUGCACAUAAAAAGCUAAAAACUUUACCCUACCUUAUGUUAUUCCCUAUCUUACCUUAUCAUAUCCUAUACAUAGACAACUAGACUUUUUAUGACAUUUUUUAUGGUGUCAUAACUUUUUGAAACCACAAAAUAUUUAAAAAAAUUCUUGUAAUUGUCGUAAAUCAAAAUACCAAAACGUCUGUCUCUUUAAAUAUCCUGUAAUCUUGAUAUUGUUAUGCUAAUCCUUUUAGUUUUGACACUUCCUGGUCUGCUAGAAACCCUAGAUUGCUUAAUUAUCCACGACAAACUUGGUGUAAUAAAGAGAAUUAAAAUAGGGCUUGUUUUACAAUAGAUAUAUAAAUGUUCAUAGACAUAUAAAUUUACAUUAUCCUAGAUGACAAUUUGAAAAAAAAAUUAAUUUAAAAAUAUUUUUUUAAAUUCAAAAGUACUAUGUAAAAUUUGACAUUCUAAACAAGAAAUGACAUUUUCAGAUCACUACAAACAGUCCCAAACAUGUUUAUAUUUUCUCUAUCAUGUUCUGACUUCAUGGUAUGCUUGACGUCAGCCACCAUAACACCUAUAACAGCAUUUGCCAAGGUGUGGCUCUUCGGCUCUGUGCUUUGUUCUGUAGCACCAUUCUUAGCGGUACGUUUAUAAAUUUUUAUUUUUUUAUGAUUGAAGGUACUAUUAAGGUACAAUACAUACAAAAUAGUAUUAAAGUAUAAUAUUAUACAUACAAACUUUUGUUUUAUUUUUUCAAAAAAUUUUGUCUACUUUGAGACAAAUGACGUGGAAACCGUGAGUGUAGGUGAAAAUUGCAUUUUUGGGUUGGAUAAUUUACUUUUUUCAAUUUUCAAAGCUAGGAAAACAAAAAAUGAGGUUUUGUUGUCCGUGAAAUGUAAAAUACGGUUUUUUUACUGAACAAGUUCAACAAACCAAGAAAUCUUGAAAAAAUCAAACAUUACGUUUUAAACUUCUUGACAAAUUGGCAUUGUGUUUCAAGCUUAUAACUUUGUCAUUUUUUGACUUUUAAUUAUUUUUCUUUGAUAUACUACAAGGUGCGCCAAAAGUUCUGUUACAGAACGUUUCUUUCUAAGCGGGGAAGGUUAGCACUUUGCUAGUUAGUACUAAACCGCAUUUCUCACAGUUGGGUACUUUACUUGUACUUUUUUUCUAAUCCCAGCGGACUCUGUCAAAUCUCACGAACAACUAAUUAUACUUUGAAAUUUGAUGAACAUUCCAAAAAUAGUUAUGUAAAUUGAGGAUGGCUAUUGAGAUUGCCAAUUCUAAACGAUUAACAAUUAUGGCUAUUUUUGGAAAUAUUUACGGUUUUACACGUUCCCAAUAGGUGGCUUUUUAAAUAUUAAAAUUAGGUAAUAAAAAAGGUUAAACAACAACUUUAAUAUUGAGUAAAGUUGGCAAAACAUUAAAUUAUAAUAAAAAAUGGCAAUAUAUUAAACUUUAACUAAUUAGAGACACAAAAAAAAUCUUGUCGUUUUUUAGUAUUGAUUUGCAUAUUAAAAAACGAUAAAAUUUUUUGUAUGUACAGUAUAUAAGCAAAACAAAAUUUAAAAAAACCUUUUUAGGCUUAAAAAUUAAGUUUUAAAAAUAAAAAAAUCUUUUCAGGGUACCUCAUUAUCAUUCUCAACAUUUACCUUAGCAGCAAUAUCAAUCGACCGGUUUAUGUUAAUACGAUUUCCGAUGAAGAAGCCAUUCAGCCAUACACAAGCUUUUAUGAUAAUAUGUGUGAGUGCAUGUUUUUUAAUUGAAUUUUUUUUGAGUUUGGUGCUACAUAGCACUACUACUAUUUGUAGUACUAUACAAUACGAACGCUAAAUUUUUUGUUAAGAAAAAGUUAAAAUGGCUUUUUAUACUAUCUUUUACAAUAUAUGAUACUUAUAUUACGUAUACAUAAGUUUUUAAAUCUUUAAAAAAAGUUUUAAAAAAUGCCAUUUCAGUUAAUAUGCACCAUGGCGAUGGGUUUGUCAAUGCCCGUAGCGUUGAUGCACACGUUGACAAAAAUCAAUAAUUACUGUGGCAUGUACUGUUUUGAAGACUGGGGACCAUACUCGAGUCAAAGAAGAGCAUAUGGUACUAUCGUACUAUCAGUACAAUUUAUUAUACCAUUGUCUAUUAUCAUCGUAUGUUACACUGCCAUCUCUGUGAGGCUUGGGCAGGUAAGAUAUUUGUUUUUACAGUUUUUUACAUGGAAUUUUCAAUUUUCACAGUACGCCUCGUAUUUUACAUCAAAAACUCUAAAAUAAAGGAAGAUGCGACAGUAUUUUAAACCUACUGUAGCAUUUUAUAAUACUUUGGUAGUAUAGCUUUACAUCAUAUUAUAUACCUACUACAUUAUAAUAUAAGUCAUACAUUACAGAGUAUGAUCCUAAAAGGCAAGAAACGUGACUAUCAGUGGCAGCUCCAAAUGAACGACCAACAUCGUGCGGCUACGAAACGUCGUCAACGUACGAAUCGUAUGUUUAUAGCGAUGGUAGUAGCCUUCUCAUUGAGUUGGGUAUGGAGUGUGGUAUUCAACGUACUCAAAGACUACGAACUACUGCCAGCGUACGUGCUGGAGAAGGAGUAUAUCGUCGGUAUUUCACUUCACUGCAUGGCUAUGACUUCUACUGUAAGUUGGGGAUGAUAUAGAUGUUAAUGUAUCUGUAAAUCUAAUUAUAGGUAGUAAUGUAACUUCAGAUGUAUAUAUUUUACAGCAUAAAUAUUAGACAUAAAUGCAAAUAAAUUUUAGGUAUGGAACCCUCUCCUCUACGCCAUGAUGAACCUCCAACUCCGUGCCGCCUUCAUCCAGCUAAUGCCUCUAUGCAUUAAAGAGUUCCUGGCCAAAGAAGAAGAUCCUCAACCAAUGGCCCAAUCCUGCAAACCUCGGCCUUCAUCCCUCCUCUCUCCAAAUGGCAACAUCGACCAGUCGAAUCUGCCUUCAGGCUGCCAGACACCUCGAAACGGCUGGCUAACUCCAAACUUCUUCAAGACUGGACCUCGAAACUCGAUCAGUUCAAUGGCUUCGGCCUUUCAACCGAAUGGACUGGACGAUGGUGCUCGACUGGUACGCUCAACCAUCACUCCAACAAAGUACGGUGCAGUUGAGAGCACUGAUAACACUCGAUGGUCGGAUGAGGGCUUUGUUGAUCACGGCACGGUGAGAUUAACGUUCUCUUCUGUUUUCGCUUUUUUUCCAACUCACUUUUUGCACUUUUAACUUGCACUGUUUUUUUUAAUUUUAGGUAUGAAAAUCUUUUUUCUGUUUUAGUAUAAAAAUAGUUCUUGAAAUAAAAAUUUUUUUUUGUAAAAUACGAAUUUUAUUUUAUGUAACACAUUAAAAAAUUAAAUUUCAAUAAAAUAUUUCCAAUUGUGUGCCGUGAACACUGUAAUUCUGUCACAACCGCUGUUUGUUACAUCUAUUGUGCUACAUUUACUAUGUAAAAACAUAUAGUAUACCACUAACCUUUAUUGUAUGCUGUGAGAGUGCCUGAUAGUUAAUAUUUUGAAACGUUUAGUACUGAAAAUUACUAUACUGCACUGUUUUGUACUGUAAUAUAUAUACAAAAUUAAUUUUCAAUAUCCUAUUCUAUCAUACCCUACCCUACCCUACCCCACCCUACCCUACUUUGUUCUCUACUCUAGUCUGACUUACCUCAUCCUGUUCUUCACAAACAUGCCCUGUCAUACUCUAUUUUACCCUACUUUGCUCUAUUAUGCUCUAGCCUUUCAAGUACUAUUCUAUUGUGCCCUAUCUUACUUUGCUAUGCUUUACUCUUUUCAAUUCGACCUUACUUUACCCUAUCGUCCCCUAUCUUGCUUUGUCUUCCGACUUUUACGUUUUUAUUCCCACUUAUAUUACAGUACAAAGCAAAGCUCUUUUCUUUCAUUACCGUAUGCACUAACACCUGUUUGCUGUGGCGUGUAAAAACUUUUUUCCCAAUCUAUCUACCCCUGAAUUUCAAAAAAAAACUGCCGUGGACAACAACCUUCACCUGGACAUCAAAUGGUGUGGCGUCAUCGAGAGUUAUCAGUUGGUUGUAAAUUUAUAUUUGUAUAGCUUACUGUAAACUUUUGGGUCAGUUAGGGUAAUACAUAAUAGUAUGUUGCCAGUAUGGCAUAGAUAUAUAUAUUUUGUAUAGAUUGUCAAGAUAAUUGAGUGCUUUUAGUUUUAUGGUUUGUAGUGAUAUAAAGGUAGACCAAAGGUACCUAAAUUUUAGUUUUGGGCGUAGCUGAGUACAAUUGAAGUAAUAUAUUGUACCUAAAAAUGACGGGAAGUACCUUUGGAUUCCUUUAUACAUACUGUAGUACAGAAUAACGUUUUUGCAGUAAUUGAAUGUCAUUUUUAAUGUAAAUUGAUAUGAAGUAUAUAUAGCCAUAUAUUGUAGUAUUAUAUGUAACAUAGCGUUUAUAUGUAUUUAUAUAACAUAGUGAUUAUCAUAGUUCGUAACAAAAAAAAAACAAAAAAAGUUUUGUCGUCAGUUUACACUGCUUUUAACGUUAAAAACGACAAAACUUUUCGAGAUUUUGAUAUCAUAGACAGUUGUCAUUAUACUAAUAGUUCACAUAGAAUUCGAUGUAGCAUGAACGUAUAUUACGUAUUAUAACAUAGGUUUUAUUAUAGUUUUUAAUAUUAUAGUAAUUAAGAAAGUCUUGUCGUUAAUUUACACAGUUUUACAAGUUAAAAAACGACAAGACUUUUCCACACUCUGAUAUAGUACAAAACUCAAAAAUCUACCCCAAAUCAAUAUUUUACCCCACUCUUUACAGGAAGAUCGUGUUAUGUUGUUGGGCGGGCAACUGGAGCGAGGAGGAUGCGUCGAGCCCUCAGGACAUGACGGAGCACGGCCGUUGGGAUCGCAAGAAGUCGGCGCCCGAAACCACCACGACGACCUUCCUGUUGCCGCGCGGUUCCAUCGGCGUCGCUCCACCUCCGAAUCUGCCAGUAGUUGUUCUACAACAAAUGGACUCGCCACCGCACAGCGCCGAGAUUCAGAUUCCGCGCGUCCAGAUCGUGGUAAGUUGAUUUACUGUGUGUAACAUAGUUUUUUAAAAUCAGAAAUUGGUCGAUUUUUGAUUUUUAAGUAUUAAAAUUAAUAUUGUGAACUACUAAAUGGACUUUUAAGUCAUUUUUGAAAAUUUCCUUGAUUUUCAAGGUUUUCGUUAUGAGACCACACAUAAUUAUAAAAAAAUCAAUACAGGGCAUGUGGCCGUUUGUGACACUUUUUAUUAUAAAGAAUAGUUUUAAAAAAUCAAAACUGCAUUUUCCCUAUUUUCAAGGUUUUCGUGGUGGGACUAAAACAUCAAUUUCAAAAUAUUAAGAAAAAUUUCUUUUGCUGUUUCAAUUCAAAAUAUUUUUAUAAAUGAUUUUUUUUAAUUUUUGACUAAAUUCCCGUUUUUUAGCCGCUGAUCCACAUCGAAGAAAGUUCGCAGGCCUCGAUUCCGCCCGACGAUCUCUGAGUCUGUCGUAUCGCGCGCUCGCCUCAAAUGGUACCAUAAAUUAUAGUUUUCGUGACGAAGAAGACCUCGGGUUACUACAAUAA